AUGGACAAACUUCCUAUUGAAAAAUCAUCAAGUUCAGUACCUGAAAAUGAUGAAUUGCAAACAAAUCCAAACGCAUUGAAGUCUCAUUGUUUCUCUGAUGAAAAUUUUAACGAAAUGUUUAAAAAAGAAGAUGGUAGUAACCAAGAUAAGGAAGAUGCAAAUGGUUCAAUCGAUAAUUCUAAAAUGACAAUCCUUAAUGAUACGGAUACGGAAGAGGAAAAGAACAUGCAAUAUAUUAAUAACGAAAUGUUUAACAAAAAUGUUAAUGAUAAUAGCCAGGACGAGGACGACGACAAGAGUGAAGACGAUGACACAAACGACAAAUAUAUCAAUAAUAUGACCAUCUCCAACAAAGAUGAUAAUAGCCAGGAAGAGGACGACGAUAAGAGUGUAAACGAUGGAAUAAGUGAUAAAACUAGCUAUAAGGUGACAUUUUCCAACAAAAAUAAUAGUAUUCAAGACGAGGACGACGACAAUAAUUAUAGUAGCCAAAAUGAAGACGACGACGAUGAUACAAGCGACAAACCUAUCAAUAAAAUGUCAAUCCUCAACAUAGGGUAUAGCAGCCAAGAUGAGGACGAUGACAAGAAUGAAGACGAUGACACAAACGACAAAUAUAUCAAUAAUAUGAACAUCUCCAACAAAGAUGAUAAUAGCCAGGAAGAGGACGACGACAAGAGUGACGACGACGAUGAUACAAGCGACAAACCUAUCAAUAAAAUGUCAAUCCUCAACAAAGGGUAUAGCAGCCAAGAUGAGGACGGCAAGAGUGAAGACAAUGAUACAAGUGUUGAAUCUAGCAGUAAAAUGAUGGCAGUUUCUAAGGAGAAUAAUAACGAUUUCAUCAGCAAAACUGUAACUUUAGAGACUGAAAACGAUGAUUCAGGUGAUGAUCCUAGCAGUAAGGCUUCGACUUCUAACGAAAACAAUUAUAUUGAUAGUAAAUCACGUUUAAGUUUUGAUGACAAUAAUUCAAUUAAAUUUUACAACAGCAACACAACCAGUAGCAGCCAAGAUAAUAAGACAACUUUUAACAGCUAUGAUGAAGAGAGUAGUAUCGAAAAAAUUACCUUUCGGAAUUACUCUAAUGAUUCUUGCAAUGAAUCUACAACUUCCAGCAGCGAUGAUGAUUUGAUGCUUGAGAGUAGUUCUGAAGAUAAGAAUCUUUUUGAAACAAAUAGUUCUAGUAGCGAUAUCUUUUGUUCUAUUAAUGGAGAUAGCGAUGAUGCAAAUGAGAGCAGUUCUGAUAGCGAUGAUACAAGUAUAAGCAGUUCUGAUAACGAUGAUAAAAGUAUAAGCAGUUCUGAUAGCGAGAGCAGCACUAUUGUCGAAGAACCAAGUGUGAGAAGGUCUGAUAGCGAUGAUAGCUGUUCUGAUGAAGAAACAACAACUUUUAUCAAUUCAGUGAAU